CUUCGACUAUCCUCAAUUUUGGCGGUAGCAGCUGUCGGCAUGGUGUCUAAUCUACCUACCUCUACGAUAGUUCGAACAUGUUUCAAUUGCGGAGAUCCAGGGCACUUUGCCCAGUGGUGUCCACAUCGGCAAGGUCAAGGGAAUGCUAUUGUACCAUCAUCGGCUCCUCUUCUGACGAUGCCAUCUUCGUCCAAUUCUGCGGUUGGCGUCGUGGCGAAUCAGUACAAGGGCAGUGGUUGGUAUGAAGCGAAGCAGCGAUUGAUUAUUUUGGAGAACACGGUAGCAGAAAUUAAGUUAUGGCAUGAUGCCGAAGUGGAGAAGGAGAACAAUCAUAAGGAAGAGGAAGACAGGAAGCAGAAAGAAAAGGAAGAUGAGGAGAGACGUGCGAAGGAUAAAAAGGAACGAGAAGAUUUUCAGAAGCAGAUGAUGACCACGAUGAACCAGAGAUUAGACAAGAUGGAUGAGUCGAUCAGUAAGAAGAAUGGAGGGCAGAACUCGGAAGUCGAAGUAUUGAAGAAUGAAGUUGAAAGGUUGAAGAAAAUGCAGAUUCACGGGGGAAGUUCGUCGACAGCAGCUAAGAACACUACUGAUAAUGACGAACUGAUCGGCAGACUGCUGCGUGAUCAAGACGCCAUGAAGAACAGAUUGGGCGAGGCGCUGACCGCACAACGGAGGCUGGACGCUAUGGAGAAGGAAAUGAGUACAUUGAGGCAGAUGAGGGAUGACGCGAUGGCCGAGACUGAGCAGUGGAGGACUGAGGUCUUGCGCCCUGGUAAUAAACGGGGUUGUGUUGUUGUUACUCCAGGAACGCAAGGUCGUACUCGCCCUAGGGCAACUCCUUUGAAGUCUCCUGAAGUGGUUGUUGACUAUGUUGGGUUGGUACACAGGCACUCGUUGGAGGUUAAGACACUACAAGAACUGAGAUUGAAGGAGCUCAAUGCAAGAAGGGAGGCAAAACAGGAGUUGGAGAAGUUGAAAGAAGAAAACGCGAGGUUGGAGGUUGCUCAGCGGCUGCGAGGAACCGACUUACGUCGUCGUAUGGAGGAGGCUGAACGGUCAACAGGGAAAGGGAAGUUGAAGAUCAGUACUGAUGCGGAAUCUUCACGCGUCAACGAUAAACAAGCCUUUAUUAAAAGAGAGAAGAAGGCGUUGGGAAAUUUGAAGAAAGAUGAUAUCGCUGCGAUCUGCGAGAAGGAAGGGGUGGAAUACACCACGUUAAAACAAAGCGUCGAAGAAAUUAUUUCGGCUCGUGUGAAAAAGAUGUAUCCAGACGAUGAAGGAGGUAAGAUACAUGUUGUUCCGGAUGACAGCAACGAGGGACAACUCGAUGACGGCCAGGGGAGGGUGGCCACGGUGAUGGAUACCGGGGCAACGGAAAUGGUGACCCCUGCGGCCACCGAGAUAGGGCCCGGUGAAUAUAUGGCUGCGGCGAUGUUCGAACUCGGGAACAUCGGAGUGAUACGUCACGUCCAACGAAUUACCGAGGAAAGCAACCUCGGGCCGUGGAGACCAGGGUUCGAAAACCUUGCGGCGCCUGGUCCUGAAUACAAGGAUGGCCAUAUCGACAUAUUGGAUGCCUUGAAGGCUCUGGAUCUUCGGAUCCCCGAGCAUGAACUGCUCGAGCACUUCCAGCCGCCCAUCUCGGACGCUCUUCUCCGGAACCGGUUCAACGACGAUCGGCAGUUGCGCUUCGACAUUCAGCAGGUGAACGUGCCGGCACCCAGCGUUGCCGACUUGGCGGUGUACUCGCUCCUCGCGCAGCGGGUGACGUACGCGGGUGUCUAUGUGGACAUAUCGCCCGUSCCUGGCCAGGAAUCCACGYGAGUGUUCAUCGAGUUCCGAGCCAUCCAGGUGGCRACGAACUUUGUGCACAGYGUYKCUACUCUCACCGGGGAUUUGACCGUCUUGCCCGGGCACGAUCGGGAGCCGGCGUAUAGAUUCUUGCGCGAUUACGCCCUUCAGGUGGCGAGAUCGGUGGCGCGAGUGCAGGCUCGGGGCACUCAUCGCUUCACUGCAUACAAAGGACUUCUGCGGCGGACUCCGGAGGGAGCACUUGCAUUGGUGUCGCAGCUUCCCGCGCUCCUUCCUCCACGUGUACUACGUGAUCGCCAAGCCGAAGCCGGAGCGGAAGGAGGGAACAGUGGCGCUUUAUCCUUUUGGGAGGAUCAAAACGAAUCGCCUGGGGCUCUUACAGCUCAUUCACAUCGAGCUGUUGUCCAUUGCGGAGGUAAUCGCCGCGGAAGAAGAAGACUUGCAGCUCAGACUACGGACCGCCUCAGCUCCGUGAAGAUCGUAUAACGCGGCGGUGAUACCUGACUAUCUAGCGCGUGAAGGGGAGUCUGUGGUGGACUUCGGGCACGAAGAUAAGACGU